ACAUUCCAUACUCUUGUCGUAAAGUUACAUAUCCUACUCACAUUACUAUGGACCAUUUUGUAAACAGCAUCGAAUCGAAGUAUAUCUGCAGACGAUUUGAUAUACAAAUGUCAGGAUCAACCAUACGAUUUCUUUUCUUUUAUGCUAAUGCUACUAGCGCUGGGGAUUUCAUGCCCGGUGAUAAGCUAAGGGAGGGGUUCUAUCAGACUCUUGCUCUCUCUGCCCCUGGCUCACCAGUGAUCAUAGACAGACUCGAAGCGGCGGAAUGGAGAUCGUUGUCGACAAGGGCCAUCUGAGCAUGCCUGGUUACCAUGAGUCGUUGCCAUUGGUGCAUUUCAGCAAGAUGCAGUCCUCUAGGUUCAACCCUGCCACAUGGCCUGAUAAUCUAGUUCCUGUUGAACCGGUUCCUUCUCCCAACAAGGCUACUGGAAAGAUUAAACUGCUGCAUGUUCACGUUGUGCGGUUAAAAGACAACAGUGAGAUAUCUAUUUCAAUUAAUCUCAGCCAUAGUGCUGCAGAUUCUAUCACUUUUAUGACAUUCCUCAACUGCUGGGCGGAUGAGAUGUGUGCACUAGUAGCUGGUGUAUCUGUAGCAGAAGUAACCUAUUGCUUUGGUGCCGAUGUCAUCAAGCAACACCUGCUAAGCGAGCGCGCACCCCUCAGUGAUGUUGUAGGUCUAGAGCACACGGUGGGUGGUGUAGGGCAAGAGGAAAAGGAAAUAAGAAACGAGUAACAAAAAAUACCUUUUAUAUAAAUAUGCGUGUAAUUUUCGUUUAUAGUCGGAACAGAUAUGCGAAUAGUAAUGAAUUGGUCCAAGAAUAUGCUAGCAGCGUGAGCAAGAUAUCAAUAGAAAGCGACAAAGUCAAGUAAUAUAUUGAUGUAAAGAAAGCUAAAGAGAAGUAGGAAGGGA